AUGGAGACUGACCUGAGGUUGGAGUCAAGUUUGUGGAUCGGAAAUAAAAGAUAUCGGGCCGUCCUCACAGGUUGGCAUUUGAAAUGGACUGAGGCAGAUAAAAAGAAUGGUGACAAGAAAACAGUUUCAGUACCUGUGGCAGAGGUGGUUGGAGUGGAGAACGGUCGGGUGGAGAUCUUGCCCCAGAAGUCAGUUGAAGACACAGACAAAGAUUUCACAGUUUUCUACAUCAAGCGUAGCAGAAGUAGAAGCACUUAUGGGUUGUUGUGGAGCCUGGGCCGGACCCAGUUCAGCUGCCCCAGUCGGGUCCUCAGAGACCAGUGGACAAAUCACCUAAGGACUGCCCUCAAAACUCACAGUCCUUUGCGUCCGCAUAGACUGUUGGUGUUCAUCAACCCAUUUGGAGGAAAAAAGAAAGGAAGAGAGAUCUACCAUUCACUUGUUGCCCCUCUGUUUGAGCUGGCUGGGAUCAGCUCUCAUGUUAUAGUGACUGAACGGGCUAACCAGGCCAGAGACCACCUCUUGAAGAAAGAUCUGACAGGCUUUGAUGGUGUGGUCUGUGUGGGUGGCGAUGGCAUGUUCAGUGAAGUACUUCAUGGUUUGAUUGGGCGGACACAACAAGAGGCAGGUCUUUGUGAGACUGAUCCCGCUGUCACAUUGCAGCCAUGCCCACUUCAUAUUGGCAUCAUCCCUGCAGGUUCCACAGACUGUGUGUGUUAUGCCACAGUGGGGGUUAUUGAUCCUGUUUCUUCAGCUUUGCACAUCAUUAUUGGAGACUCUCAGCCAUUAGACGUAUGUUCAGUUCACCAUGCUUCCACCCUGGUACGCUACUCGGUAUCUCUGGUGGGCUAUGGCUUCUAUGGAGACGUACUGGCUGAGAGUGAAAAACACCGCUGGAUGGGACCUCUUAGAUACGACUAUUCAGGUACAGUUGUGUACCUGAGCAACAGAAGCUAUGCGGGCAUAGUUCAGUAUCUACCAGCAGACCCACUGCUCUCCAGCCCUAGAGAUAAAACGCGCUGCCUCUCAGGGUGCAAUGUGUGCUCCAGAAGUACAGAGCGACUAUUCCCACACACUUCUGAUUCAGGCUCCCUGUACAGCUCCCACUUCAGCCAGUACAGCAAUGACUCUGAAGGUGAAUGGGUGAGUGUGGAGGGCAGGUUCAGGUGUGUAUCGCUCACUUGUAUGUCCAGCUCAUGUGCCAGGAGCCCAUUAGGUCUCUCUCCAUCUGCUCAUCUGGCAGACGGAACAGGGGAUCUCAUCCUAGUAUGGGACACUCACCCACUGAGCUUCCUCAAGUUCCUCUACAGACACACAAGCACACAGGACCAGUUUGACCUGCCGUUUGUGGAGGUCCAUCGAGUGAAGGCCGUCCGUUUCUCUCUCCCAGAUGGCAGAGAAGAAGAGGUGCAUGAAGAAAUCGGAGAGCUGAAUCGCACAAUAGGUGGCGAAGAGCGAGAAUACGUGGACACUGUAAGCAGAAAUGGAUCUCAGCAGCAAUUGGCACAGAGUGUGGUGGAACGAGAGAAGAUGAACGAGCACAAAACAGUGGCUCCUAUCCUGUGUGGUCUGUGCCGCAAAAAGACUCCAGCUGUGUCCGUGUGGAACUGUGAUGGAGAGAUUCUGCCUUUCACUGAGAUCUUCUGCAGGAUCCAUGGUCAGCUGGUACGUCUGUACGCCAGGGGCAUUGAGGACGGAGCAGCCAUGCAAAACUGCAGCCAGGAGAGUGACAAGAAUAAAAGUAGAUGCAUCACAUACAAAUAG